GCGGGGCCACGGCAGAGUCUCCCGGGCCGGCCCAGCGAGCUGCCUCCCAGCCCCACAGCGCAGCGGCAGGGAAGCGCGGCUCUGGCUGGGCGGGGGGCUGGAGCGGAGCCCUGGGCGGGCGUCGGGCUGCAGCGCUGGAGCCGCCUCUGGGCUCGACGGCGGGGCCCCCCGACCCUCGCCUCCCUUCCCUUCCCUUCCCUUCCCCUCCGCCGACAGCCGGGAGAGCCCUCGGCCGCCAAGCCUUUCUCCUGCAGGCGGACCGCGCCUCGACGGCGGCUUAUUCCGGGCGGGGCCCCAGCCAGGUCGGGGCCGGCGCGGCCGACGCUCUGCAGCUGAGAAGCCUCAGCCCCGCCCGGCCCGAGUCAGGGGUGCUGGGGCGGGCGGGCGGGCGGGCGGCGGGGAGCUGUUCUCCUUCCCCAGCCAGCACUUUCAGACCGGGCGGGGGGGGGGGGGGCGAGUGAGCAGAUGGUCCCACAAUUCCCGGCUGCCAGUCCCGACUCUCGGGCAGGGAGGAUGAAGGCUCGCGGGUCAGGCGGCAGCGAAGGAAGAGCGAGAGAUCCGGGGGAAACUGAGUCACGCUGCUCUUGUCUCAUUUCUUGCCAGGGAUAAUAGACCUAAAGUUCUAGAACACCCCCCCCCCCUCCCGGCUGCCCUACAACCAAUCCCGUCCCUCCAAGGGUAGGUUGAUGUAUGACUUCAGGGGUCUUUGGUUUGGCCCCUGGAGUGUUUGGGGGAAGAGCCCACGGAAAUGGAUCGCGCAAAAUGAAGUGCUCGUUGAAAGAGGAGAAACGGCCCAAAUCCGAGGAGGAACUAAAUGCUGAACGAAACCGAAAACAGCUCCCUGCUCCCUGUUGUGGAACGUGGCCAUGUUCCGUGUCGGAGCCUCCGUGUGGAACGGCAGCCAGAGCAGCUCAAACUGCUCGGAGAGCGCGGACUUCCAGUACUCCCUCUUCCCGGUGGUCUACAGCCUGGUCUUUGUGCUGGGCCUGGCUGGCAACGUGUUUGUGUUGGGCUACUUCCUUCAGACCAAGUCAGCCACCGCUCCGGCCAACGUCUUCCUGGUGAACCUGGCCACCCUUGACUUCCUCUUUGUAUUGACGCUGCCCUUCCGCAUUGCCUACCAUGCGCUGCGCAAUGACUGGGUCUUUGGGGAAGCUCUCUGCAAAAUCACGGGCUGCCUGUUCUUCGCCAACCUGUACGGCAGCUCUCUCUUCCUGGCCUGCAUCUGCCUGGAGCGCUACGUGGCGGUGGUGCACCCCCUGCGGCACUUGCGCCUCCGGCAGCUCCGCUAUCGUGUCGGGGCUGUGCUGGUGGUGUGGGGGGUGCUUCUGGCCACGGUCCUCUACCUGGCCCUCCGGGGGCCCCUCACCAGCCCCUUUGCUGACGGCCGCACAGCCUGCCUGGAGAACUUCUCCUCCAGUUCGUGGAAGGGGCGCAUUUCCAGUGUGAGCAUCUUUGCUGCUGUGGUUGGUUUUCUGUUGCCUCUUUUUUUGAUUGGGGUGUGCUACCCCCUCAUUGCUUGGCGGCUGCUGGCAACCCCAGGAAUGCAGCCUGGUUCCAGAGCGGUGAGACGCAAGGCGCUGCGGACAGUGCUGGUGGUUCUAGGCGUCUUCCUGGUCUGUUUUGUGCCUUACCACGUGGUGCAGCUGUUCCACACGCUUGGCCGCAUAGGUGCUUUGGGGGGUUGUUCUCUCAUCCGUGCCACAUACAUUGCCCGGCGGGUGACCAUGGCGCUCACUAGUCUCAAUGCCUGCCUUGAUCCUCUGGUCUACUAUUUUGCUGCGGAACGUUUUUCAUGGAAGCCAUACUGGAAAUGUGUCUGCUGUCACAGGUCACAGCAGCCUCCGGGGCUUCACGCACUCUCUGUCAACAAGGGAUCCCCUAAGCGGGAAGAAGAAGCUGCACCUGGUUCAGAGGAGUGAGCAAGGGAUGGGCGUCACAGUCCCCUCAACUCUCAUGACCCCACCUGCCUGACAAGGUUGGGGGCAGGGGGAUGAUUGUCAGCUACUUUGAGACUCCUUACGUAAGAGGAAAGCAGGUAUAAAACCCAACCCCUCUUCUUUGGAAGUGAUUUGACGGCAUAUAACAUGCACAUGUAUGUAUUUGUUUCAUUUGCAUUCAUUGUAUUUUUUGUGCUUUAACAAGUUUUCAUUACUGAAACAGUCACAGUACCUUUGCAUUAAAGCAACAUGUAUGUUAUUCUUGUAUGUUAUUCUUGUUAUUCUGUAUGUUAUUCUGAAAUUUGUGAUUCCAGUAGGUUAUAAGUUAACUUUCCAUAACUUUAUCAUAUGUAUUAUUUUCCACUGUUCUAUUGUGGUAGCUUCAUUUUCAAAGUCCAGCCUUUCCUGGACCAGUAGGAAGGUGGUAAAUCUUCAGUUGUCUGUUGUUGUGUGACAUAAAUCCUUGCAGUGGUCAGAAGAGAAACCAAGUUUGUCAUCAUCUUCUAGUAGAGUAGAACAUUCUUCACAGCACUCCUCGGGCCUCCAUAACCUUCUUGCCAGCUUUCACUGUCUGAUUUCUCUGGAGUCUUUCUAAAAUGCUGCCGUGCUCCCAAGCGCCAGCCAGCCAGCCAGCCACUGCACUUCCUGUAGAACCAGGAGGGGCAAGUAGUCCGGCCACAUCUUGGAGACAAACAAGAUUUGGGGGCGGGGUCUGAGCUUUCCGGAGCGAAACUUUCAUUUGUCAGAUAUCUGACCAAGUACCUGAUGAAGGAGGCAGUUUUGAUUCUCAGAAGCUCAGACCUCCACAAUCUUGUGCGUCUUUCAGGUGCUGCUGCCUGACUCACUUCCAGCCAACACAGCACACAAAACCUCCCAAGGAAAACAAUUAUUCCCAUUUUCAAAAAAGGGAGGAGGGCCUGUGGGCCCCCCAACUCUCCCAGACUGACCCAGCCACAGUGAUCCGUGCAGUCGUGGUCACCUCUGGAUUGGACUGCUGCAAGUGGCUCUAGCCAGGGCUACCCUUGGGCCUGCUCCAGAAGAUUCUUUCUGGGACCCCGUGGUGGGCACAGAGUCCACCUGUUACCUGCCAGCUGCACUGACUCUAGGUGGAGUACCAAAUCAGGCUCAAGUUCUGGGGCUCACCUGGUUAAAGCUCUGAAUGGCCUGGGGCCAUCGCAUCUGUGGGGCUGUCUCUGCCGUUAUGUCCCCUGAAGGAGCUGCAGUCAGCUGAGGACAACUUGCUGGUGGGUGGACCCUGGCCGGACAGAUGUCUGGCUAGCCUCAACCAGGGCCGGGCACUAUUGGCCCAGACCCUCACCUGGUGGGAUACUCUGUUCAGUGAUAGCCACAAGGCCCUGUGGGACCUGAUCCUAUUCCUCAGGGCUUGCAAGACAGAGCUGCUCCAACAGCCAUACGACCGAGGCAACUCUGGUGUUGUACCCUCAGAUGUCUUCCCUCUCCCCCACCCCUCUGUGAUUGCUAAAUCAAUGGGAAUGUUGCUGAAUUUUUGAACUUUUUGCUAUCUAAUGAUUAAAAGUCUACAUUAUGUUUUAAA